AUGUCCAUAAUUAUACGAACAGAUGUUACUGCGGUCAAACUUUGCGAGAACUAUGUGUUUGCGGGCAUUGGAAGUACCGCACAUAUAUUUGAUAAAGAAUCUACAAAGUUGAUAUACAAAAUUCAUGCAUUACGUGGACAAAAAAUAUACGGUUUUGUGUCGGCAAAAUGUGAAGGUAAAAUUGUGGUUUUUGGAGGAAAGCAGUUCACUGUGAUAGCUUCGAGAACAGAUGAAGAAUCUACUGUGUUUGAGCGUUUAUUUGAGCCAGUAACUUGUGAUGAUUGGCUCCAUUCUGCAGUUUGGAUUAAUGAUAAUAUUGUAGCCUUGCUCACAGCACAUAAUGUUGUUCAGAAAUGGUCGACCAGAAGCCCAUUCCUAAUCUCUGAGUCGCACAGCGAAGACAACUCCAUCUUAUACAGCGGCUUGCUGGUGCGUCUUCAAGAUGCUGAUGACAUACUGGUUCUGGCUGGCACAGUAUACUCUGAAGUCAUUGUCCAUCGGCUUGGCGGAAAAGCAUUACAUCAUCUGAGGGGACACAGGGGAGUAAUAUUCUCAAUUUCCUACAGUCAGCAGAAGGAACUCAUAGUAACAACAUCAGAUGACAGAUCUGUAAGAAUAUGGCACAUAACAAACAAGUUCAAUUACACAAAGAACUCAAAAAUGUAUUGGGACAAUGCAGAAGUUGUCUGCUUAAAUGAUAUCUAUGGACACAGUGCCAGAGUUAUGAGAAAUUGCAUUACUGAACAUUUAAUUGUUUCUGUUGGUGAAGAUUCAGCUAUUUGUUAUUGGGAUCUUAAGGGUAACUUAGUGAGAAAGGUAAUAACACAUCAGAAUGGUUGUAUCUGGUCUGUAGACGCUGAUAACGAAAAUUUAGUGACUGGUGGUGGUGACGGCGGCAUCAUCAUACAUCCACUGAGUGUAUCUUCAUAUUCUGACCAGAAUGAAAUCUUAAAUAUUGGUGUAGUGAUCCCAAAGAAGAUUUAUUUCACUGCUAGAAGGAAUAUUGUCGUUCUAAAUGAAGCCAAUGAAUUGAUUUACUAUGAUUUUAUUACAAAAUCUAAAAUGAUAUAUAAAUUAAAUCAUGAAUCAACUUAUAAAAUGCUUAGUAUGUCAUCUUGCAAACAAGUUAUUGCUGUAGCUGAUAUGAAUGGGAAACUAGAUGUUUUUAUUGAAAAUUGUAAAGAUUCUGCUUAUCUUCAAAAUGUUAUUAAUACGGAACUUGAAAUUGGGAAAAUUCUAUCAGUGCACUGGUCUGGCAAUAGACAUUUAGUAAUUUCUACUGAAAAUGGUACUAUUACAGUCCUUGCUUCUAAGGAUAAUAAAACUGAAGCAAUUGCUAAUUUUGUUAUACCAACUUGCAAAGAAAAGUGGCUUACUGCAGCUGCUAUAGACCUUGUGCAAAAUGUGUUUGUAGUUGGUGAUAGAUGUGGUAAUAUACAUGUUUAUUAUAAAGGCCAAAAAAAUCCAAUCAAAACAUUUCGCAGUGUUCAUGGGAGAUAUGGCCCUACCAGCAUAAAUAUCAAAGAAAACGAAAUAAUAUCAACCGGUAGAGAUGGCACAAUUAAACAAUUUUACAUCAGUAAAGAUUUAUCUGAAGUCAAAUAUAUGAAUUGUAGAGAAUUGGAAUUUAAGUGGCUUGAAAAGUUUUUGGACAAAAAUGAAAAUAUAAUUUGUGGAUUUCAAGAGAAAGUAUUUGUUGUUUACGAUAUUAAAUCAAAUUCGAAACUUUUGGAGGUCCCAUGUGGGGGUGGACAUAGAUCUUGGGAUGCUGUUCGUUAUAUUGAAAAAAAUAACGGCAAAUAUGAAGAAGUUAUAAAACUUAUCUAUCUUCAAAAUAAAGACAUUCAUUUAUGUACAUUUGAAAUGAGCAAACUUGUAUCAAGAAACAUAGUAAAUGGAUCACAUGCUAAACAAAUUAAUUGCUUGAAAAGUUACAAGCCUGAUUUAGAUCAAAGUAGUACAUUUUACAUUUCUGGAGGUGAAGACACAACUUUGAGAAUAUCAAGCCUGAAUACUCAAAUGGAAUUCAAAGACGAAAUUGUAUUUAAACAAUUGUCAAGUAUAAGAACACUAAAAGUGUAUCAACUGGAAGACAAUAAAGUACUUGUCAUAUCUGCAGGAGGCAGAGCACAAAUUUGUGUAAAAACAAUAACAUACGAAAGAAAAGGUGAAGUUAAACCUAGAGCAGAAAUAAUAAUAGACUAUCUAUUAAAAGGUUUGGAUAAAGAGAGAACAGUCAAUCAAAACUGGAGGAACAGUUCUGUAGAUUUUGACCCUGAAACAAGAAUUAUGGACAUUGAUUUGAUGAAGUUGAAUGACAGAGCAUUUUUGUUUUUUGCUGGUUGUUCAGAUGCUUACCUUAGAGUAUUUCUGCUCACGCUUGAAUCAAAAACUGAAUUCAAAUCAAUCACUGAACUGAAACAUAAAACAUGUAUUCUCAAAACAAAUUUUAUCAAAUUUAAUAACAAAUCCUUCGUAGUAACUUGUACAACUAGAGGAGAAAUAAUAUUUUGGGAUAUCACAAUUACUCCAGACAUUGCAAACUUAGAAAUUAAAGCCAUUUUUACGACAACAUCAAAUAAAUCUGGCAUUAACAGUUUUGAUUCGCAAUUAUUAUCUGAAAGCCAUAUUCUAAUAGCUACAGGUGGUGAUGACAAUUCAAUACAUUUAAUUGUUCUUCAAGCGACUAUACAAGACAAUAUGGGAAAUAUAACAGAAAUUAAUGUCCUACAUACAUGGAAUACAGAUAAAUAUCACUGUUCCCAAAUAACAGGUUUACUUUUGUUAGAUGAUAUAUUGGUAACUGCAGGUAUAGAUCAAAGAGUGACUAUUUGUAAAUGGCGGGUGAAUGAUGGAGGGAUAUUUUGUGAAUUUUUAUCACAAGCAUAUAGUGAUGUUGCUGAUAUACAGGGAAUGGAUCUUAUUAAGAAUGAUCUCGAUACAGUGACAGUGUCCGUUUUCGGUAACGGUUUCGAGGUCAUCACAUUAGAAAAGGACAGUGCAAGAUAGAUGACCGUGGAGGGCAGGUGUCGGAUGGAGCAUACGAAAGGAUUGAUCAUAAGGUGGGUCUUGUUUUUAUUUAUGUAUAAUAACACCAACACCUCGUAGCUUUUAAUUUGAUUAGGGUUACCAUUCCGAAAUUUGAAUAGUCCGGAAUCAAAAGCAGGACAUUUGCU